CAAAACAGUACAUUACAAUACAAAUAAUCUUUAUUGCACACCUCAAUAAAAAAAGACAAUACACAAAUGAAAACAGAAAUACAAGCACAUACAACAUGAUCAAAUGGCAAAUGAAAUAUCGGACAAAUAAUGUUUCCAAGUUGCAAUAGGUAACCACUUUUAUUAUUAUCUCACAUCACAUUUUAUGUUAAACUACCUACCUAAGUUCCUAAACAGUAUUUAUUUAAAUUCUACAGGGAACUCGAUAUUGUGGUAUUCAACAGUCUUUUUCAUCCCCUCGAUAUUUUCUCACAUAAAAUGUUAACUUAAUUGAAUCAUAAAUCAUAUAAAUUACAUCUAAACAAGGUAGUUGUAGCAACAAAGUAAAUUUGCCUACACGCAUGUAAUAUCUAAAGUCCCUCGAGAACAAAAAUAAUCCCGAAGAAAUGUAAUUUUGAGACUCCGAGGCCUCUUUGCGUCGAGAUGAAACACUACCUCAGUUUAACAAAGGUGUAACCGUCUUUAGUUUUAAUCCAAGUAGGAACUUUGUUUUACUGAGUAGCUUUAAAAAUUAGCAUAAUUUUGUUUUUGCUGAGGCUAGACUUAAUAUUGUAAAUAAACUAGCUAAUUAGAGACAAUCUCGCUAAAAUUAAAAAUAUUGUCGUAGUUUAAGGAGUUUUUGGAAAGAAUUAAAGAUGUUCUUCAUAAGUUGUGUUAUUUAUUAAAUUAAUUAAAUUUCUGACCGGAGAUCGGAAUCAAAGGCAUGAUUUUAUUUGCACAUACAAGCCUAUCAAUCUAUGAUUGCACAGCAUAAUUUGCCAGAAAUUUAAUUACCUAAGGGAAUGUGAAAAUGUGUAAUCAAAAUCUACUAAUAACUAAUAAAAAAUCCCCUGAAUCCCUUAUUAAUUAAUAAGAAACUUAUAAAUAUGAAAAGCAUAAACUUAUCAAGAAUAAUUACAUCGAUACUGUAUGUUCACAGCCCCAUCCUUCGCGUGGCUACCUUCACCUACGAGGUGUACGAAGACGGCUCGGAGCACCCCGUGUGCCUCACCCAGGCCGACACCUUCUGGUCUGCCCUCUUCUUCAUCCUCACCAUCGCUGUCUUCUUCAUCGUACCCCUGGGCGUUCUUCUCGUCCUCUAUAGCGUCAUCGCCAAAAACCUCAUGGAGAACCCCGUCAUCAUCGCACAGAACACCAAAAACAACAACAACACAAACAACGUUCUAAGAUACAGGAAACAAGUCAUCUUAAUGCUGGGAACUGUCGUCUUAUCAUUCUUCCUUUGCUUACUGCCUUUCAAGGCUCUUACACUGUGGAUCAUAGUAUUUCCACCCGAGACAAUAAUGUCGUUAGGUAUAGAUGGGUAUUAUAUACUUUUGUAUUUUUGUAGAGUAAUGCUGUAUUUGAAUUCCGCGAUAAACCCGAUAUUGUACAAUUUGAUGUCGUCGAAGUUUAGAGAGGGGUUCGUCAAGCUGUUGAGAAUAAACAAGUUGAUGAAUUGUGGGAGGAGCUUGAGAGAGAAUAUGCAAAGGCGAGAUACAUUUAAUACGACUACCUCAACUGGAUUUUCUAGCAGCCAUCACAAUUCUGAUUCUUUCUGGAGGAGAUACAGUAAUAGGACAAGCUCGCAAAAGAAUAUCAUUAAAGACAGUAAGAAGAAAAAAGAACCAGAGUCUAAUGUCCAACAGUUAAAAGUAGGAGAAAUUAUCAAUGUCGUAAACACAAGACGCAAUAGCAUGCAGUUCAUAUCAGCAAUGAAUGAACUUAACGAUAAUAAAGUAGAAGUAGAAGUACACGAGAAUAACUGCCAAGACGAAGACACUGCCAAUGAGAACAAUAAACAGAUACAAAUAUUGAACCUAGAUGUUAAGACAAAUAACGUGUAUUCUAUAACCCUAGAUGUAACAGAGAAGAGUGAAGGCAAGAAUAGGUUUGUCUGUGUACCGGUCCAAGAUAGGGAGAGCAAAAAUAUAUUUGUAUACGACUUUAAAAGUAAAGAAAGUUUUGUGUAAGGGUAGAGUUAGUUUUUUUAUGAAGUCUAGAUCACAACUUUUAGUAAUGGAUUGAUAAUUUGAUAAUUUCAUUUUCGAAUACAGAUUACUGAGGGGUUUUAAAUGUAUACUUUGAAACUUACUGCAAAAUCUUGAUAGUCAAUUGAAUAUAC